AAGAGGUGAAGGAGCUUAAGAUUGCUCGUCUGAAAUCUGUAAAUGCUUGUAACAAAUGGGAAUCCAUAUGGAAGGCCAAGGAUACUUCUUUCGUUGUGCUCCUCGCCAUACAAGUCAUCCACCCAGAACGUCAAGUCCAAGUGCUGGGACCUAUGUCCGAAUCAUCAUGGGCCCCAAUCACGGGCGGCUGUCGUGAAGGA